CCCCCUGCUUGCUUCUGGGUCACCAUUACAACCACUUUGUUUGGCUGAAGAGCUUCCUUUGGGGCUGACAGAGGCACCAGCCGGGAAGGAGGGGAGGGGAAAGAGGAGGAGGAGGAGGAGGAGGAGGCACCCAAUGCUUGGCUCCUGGUUACUCUCUGUGUGUGUCUCGCUUACUCAUUGCUGGGAGUUGUGGGGGAGGGCGCACCGCGUGGUGGAGAGCCGCCGUUGGCUUCCCCUGACUUCAAGUUACAGAACAAAGAAAACAAGGGAGAGAGAAAGAGAAAGAGAGAGCCGGACGGGAGAAGCGCUCUCUCUCAGUCUCCAGUGCCUUCCUCGGUCGAGACGCCUCGGAGGAGGACUUUUGCGCCUUGUUUCUCCUCUCUGGAUCUUCCCCACGCCACCAAGGACAGGCUUGGCAGAAGGGCAGUUUAGGAGCCGAGAUGAAAACUCCCAAAAGUGCUGCUGUAGGUGUAUCAGGCAGUGAGACCGAGGAUGAUGACAGUAUGGAUGUGCCUCUGGAUCUUUCCUCUUCUGCCAGCUCAAUCAAAAGGAGAAGGCGGGGUAACCUGCCCAAGGAAUCGGUGCAGAUUCUUCGUGGGUGGCUUUAUGAGCACCGCUACAAUGCCUAUCCUUCAGAGCAAGAAAAAGCACUACUGUCAAGACAGACACAUCUCUCUACACUACAGGUCUGCAACUGGUUUAUCAAUGCACGCCGCAGACUUUUACCUGACAUGCUGAGGAAGGAUGGGAAGGACCCCAAUCAAUUCACGAUCUCGCGACGAGGGGCCAGGAUGACUGAAGGCAGCCCGGGAGAAUUCUCCAUUGGCACAAAAAAUUGUAUUUCCCUGAUUGAUAGCUCCUUCAUUUCCAGGAGCCCAGAACCAGACAAGAUUUGCAAGCCUCCAUCCCCAGGAUCUAUUUCAGCUCGACCGUCGGUAAUUUGCCACACCACAGUAACUGCACUGAAAGAUACCCCUUUCCAUUUUGGUCAUUCCGGCAGUGCAACUCAGACCUCAGACGACUUGCAGCGGGCCUCGACUCCCAAUUUUACAGACAACUCUCUUCUAUACCAGGAAGAUAUGUCCAAGCUGGGACCAAAUACAAAUGCACAGAGUGGGCUUUUCAACACUCCCCCUCCUACUCCUCCAGACCUCAAUCAGGAUUUUAGUGGGUUUCAGCUCCUGGUGGAUGUUGCACUCAAACGGGCAGCAGAGAUGGAACUGCAGGCAAAACUCGUAGCAUAAAUGAAACGGUUCUUCUCUGUAUGUUUCUUCUUCCCUGGCAGAGAUGUCAUAGAAAGGUGUUGCAAUUGUCUGUGCGGCAUCAAAGACUUACAUGCAUUUUAAUCUUAUUUGCACAAAGGAUUGCUGGACUGAAGCUUCCUGACACUGAAAUAAAUGGUUUUCAGUGGAAUACAGUCAUUCCAACCUUAAGGCUACUGUAGAAACCAGAAGUUGCUUUGUUUUUUGUUUUUUUUAUAAAUGUUCUUUAGUAGGGUUUUGUUUCAUAAUGUGAGAUGUUUCCCCAAAUCAUGUGAUUUUGUUUUUGUAUCGUUUUCAUUGUUUUUUCUUCAGGCUGUGCAAUAUUUAGUAACAAGAUUAGUCUUCAUACCAUUCCCAUAUGGAAGAAAAUAAACUGAUAGGCAACAAACAAACCCAAUAUCAGAUUUUAAAACAAGUUUGAAUUUGGAUGAUUAUACUUUUUUCAUGAUGCAAUAAAAUAUUUUCUUUAAGAAAUGA